ACGGAUCAAAUAUGGCGACCCAGUAAGAAGCUUGCAGUUUAAUCCCCUUAUAGACACUGGAGAGAUUCCCGGAGGGGUUUACGCAACAAACAUUCAAAUGGUUCGGCCAUAUUUGAUCCGCGGACUAGUUAGUCCGUUGUUGUGAAUGCAGGGUGAAUUUAUUUUCUUUUGCACAGGGGGACAUGGAAUAUGCAGAACAAGUUUUGUUUGAGUAUACGGAGCACUGGACAAAGCCAGAUAAAUUGCUUAUAAAUACACAGGUCGCGUUUUAUUUAGCCUCAAAGGAUUGGGAGCAUGCAAUAAAAAUGGCAAAUGACCUCUUGAACAAUUCAAACAUCCCUCAAAGAGCACUCUUUGCAUCAGAUGUGAUGGCCGAGUUAACUAAAGUCAUCCCAGAAGGAGAUGAAUAUAAAAGCAUGCAUGAAAAACUGCUGAAAGAAGUUACCUUGAAAAACUUAACAAGGCAAGAGACACUUGAUGAAAUGCUACGUACCGAAAAAGCCGUACUUUAUAAUUUAAAAACCCCAGAAAAAGAAAACCCCCCAAAAUAUUCAAACAAAACAGAUAAAACUUUGGUUUUGAGGGUGAAACCUUGGAAAUUGUUUUUGGAGGUUGGAGAUAUUUAUAAUUGAAUGGAAAGAGAUUUGUAGGUGAAACCUUGGAAACUGUUUUUGGAGGUUGGAGAUAUCUGCAGUUGAAUGGAAGGAGAUUUGUACGUGAAACCUUGGAAAUUGUUUUUUAUGUUGGAGAUAUCUUCAAUUGAAUGAAGUGAUUUGUAGGAUUGCCACACCUGCAUGCUGUCAUUCAGGCAUAAUGCAUGUACCUCAGCAGGUGGGAGGCAAUUUGUUUGCUGGACAAUACAUAAAUCUGGGUC